AUGGGGCAUCACUCUUGCUGCAACCAGCAGAAGGUUAAGAGGGGUCUUUGGUCACCUGAGGAAGAUGAAAAGCUCAUUCGAUACAUCACAACUCAUGGUUAUGGCUGCUGGAGUGAAGUCCCUGAGAAAGCAGGGCUGCAAAGAUGUGGCAAGAGUUGUCGUUUGAGAUGGAUAAACUACUUGAGACCUGAUAUCAGAAGGGGAAGAUUUACACCAGAAGAGGAGAAGUUAAUUAUCAGCCUUCAUGGGGCUGUAGGGAACAGAUGGGCUCAUAUAGCAAGCCAUUUGCCUGGAAGAACUGACAAUGAGAUAAAAAAUUAUUGGAAUUCAUGGAUCAAAAAGAAGAUAAGAAAGCCUUCUUCGACAUCUUCAACAAACAUUGCACCAAGCAUUAUUGAGCAAAAUUCCCAAUUCACAUACACGCAAAACCAGCAGAUGGACUUCUUAAAUCAAGAUUUGGCUACAAAGAGACAGAUUCAAGAUACACUAUAUCCUUUACCUUGUCCUCAAUUCAUGUUUGAUAUUGGUUUAGCAAUGGAUGGUGCAAAUGGAAAUGUUGAUGGAAAAAUUGAUCAGUUUCUACAAGAAAAUGCAGGAUUAAUUAACUCUGAGACAUGGCAAGUAAACCAAAAUCAAGAAAUGAUCCAACCAGUUUCCUAUACGAGUGCACUGGACCCGAAUUGUUUGCCUCCAUUGAUGGAGAACCUAGAGAGUAUGGUGCCUAUGGAAGUGCAAUCUUGUAGCAUAAAUUUGGAAGGACAAAUGACCCUUGAUUGCCUGCAGAGAAAUGAGCUUAAUGAAUGGGAUGAUACACAACAAUGUCCCAAUUUUUUCUUUUGGGACCAAGCAGAAGGACAACUUGGUGGGCAGGAAAUUUACCCUACUUCAUCAAGCACGGGAAAUAUUCUAUCUUCUUAUCCUUCAUCUCUCUAA